AUUGAUUUAAUGUAUACAGAUGAGAAACUUCAAAGAUAUUUUGAAUCAAAUGUGUCCUGGUGUCUAUUCUUUCUCAUAUAGCACCUGAGGUAUUUCACUCCUUCGUGGAAGGGGGGCCUGGUUACUCUUAUCCUGUAGACUGGUGGUCACUUGGGAUCACAGCUUAUGAACUACUGCGAGGCUGGCGACCAUACGAUAUCCACUCCAGUACUCCAGUGGAAGAAAUUGUCAACAUGUUCCGAGCAGAAAGAGUUCACUACUCUUCCACUUGGUCCAAAGGCAUGGUGUCAUUGCUAAGAAAGCUUCUUGCCAAAGACCCAGAAUGCCGCCUUUCAAGUGUUACAGAUAUCCAGAGCUCCCCUUAUCUGGCUGAUGUAAACUGGGACGCAGUUCUAGAGAAGGCGGUAGCUCCAGGCUUUGUUCCAAAUAAGGGGCGUCUGAACUGUGAUCCGACGUUUGAACUGGAAGAGAUGAUUCUUGAGUCCAAACCACUCCACAAAAAGAAGAAAAGAUUAGCUAAGAGCAAAUCAAGAGAUGCCACUAAGGAGUCAUGCCCUCUGCCUGCCCAUCUGCAACAGUGUCUGGAAACAGUGCGACAGGAAUUCAUCAUAUUCAAUAGAGAAAAGUUGAGAAAACAUGGUAAAAGUGGGCAGGACAGCAGCAGUGAGUGUGACACAUCUACCCCAACUCCAGGAAAAGUGCAAGAUGGACAUACCUGUAACAACAAUAUGCUUGGACCAUCAGACAGCCCCACCAUCUGCAAAAGCAAAAGCUAAUUUCAAAGCCAUUUGCCUUAGAAGUAGCAUUCACAGGGGAAGAAUGCCUGCAGACAGCUCUAAUACAGUUUCUCUGUGCAUGCCUUCUUUUUUAAAAAUGGGGGAAAAAGAGCAAACGUUUUUUACUGGAAAUAUUUAGACUGUGCCCACUGCGCUAUUCCUGUAAACUGUGAAAUAUUUCUCCUUUUGAUCAUCACGUUCUUUGUAAGCACAGGCCUUGCCAGCUGCUGCAGAAUGAAGAGGAAAGUUACUCUAAAAACCCAGUUCCUCAGGUUAAUCCCACAUUUUAGGAUGCCUGGUACUUAGCCUUAAGAAUAUAUUCCUUUUAAACCUGCAGAGGUGUGUAAGCCUUCGUGGUCUCCUUAGAUGUGUAUGGUAGUGGCCAGAGCCAUCCAAAAGACAUCGUGCUGCUUUGUUUAACCUAUACACUUCAGAGUAUAGUAUAUCUAUAUACAGAGUAUCUGUAUAUUUCAGCCAAAUGAGAGCCCAUCUUAUUUUAAAGAGAGUGUAGAACAUAAUAAAACUAUUCAAAGACACAUUUGGCUUCAAGAACACUGUGAGGGUCGGAUCUCUAUCAUUAUAUGCAAGUAUGAGGGCAACUAAAAAAGCAGUGUACGUGUACAAUAAUUAAUUCCUGUUUAAAUGUAUGGGAGGCAGAGCUGUUCACUAGUGAACAACAGACGUAGGCUGAAAUAAAAUGUGAGUGGAAUCAAUUGAUUACAGUUCUUGGAAAGGAAAGACAGUAUGUCACAUUUUUUCUAAUAAAUAUUAUCUAUAUAAUGAAGUACCUCUUCAUAUUGAAAACAGUAAGUGUCAAAAGCUUGAAAAGGUAGAUUGGUCUUUAGGUAAAAGAAAAUUCUGGUAAGCCCAAAAAAAUAAUGGUGGAAAAAAAAGAAGUAAAAAAAUUAGCUUUGUUUGCAGAACUUUUGAAAUGGCCUACAGUGACUCGGUCAGUGAACAAAACCAAAAUCCCCCCGUUUUAUGGCACGUUUCAUUUUUUCGUUCCAUUUUUUAUACAGUCUUUACCAUUCUAUAUGACUAAUGUCAACCUUCCUUUGACAGCUAUAAUUUCUUCUGAUUAAUACACACUGAGAUCAAAGAACCUCAAAUGUAAUUAAUCAACAAGAAUCUGGAAAAGUGUUCCAUUAGAUUGCUUUUCUAGUGUCCCUCUUGGUAACAAGUGGCCUGGUGUUGUAUGUAAAAAGUUGAAUUCAGCAUAUCAUUUGAAUUUGUCUGUUUGUCUGUUUUUGUCAUCAAAGGUGGAGUAACAGAAUUUCCUUGUAAAAAGAUUAAGUUCACUGUGGAAUUAAAUAGACUGAACAUUGUAAUUUUUACUGUAUUACGUUCAAUGUUAAGAUAAGCGCUUUCCUUUACCCUUUGUAAACAAUUAAGACCAUAUGGCUGCAUUUUCUUCUGUGCCGCCUCAGUGAAACAUGCCUUAAUAAAUUAAAUAAGGUCAGAGCUAAUGACAUUAACAGUUUUUGCAAUAAUGUUGAGAUGUUUCUUAAAGGUCAGUUAACAUUGUGCUCUUUGUCCUUUCAUUUGGCUAUUUAAGUAAAAUGAACACUAAGUUUCCACCCAGUUUGACAAAGAUAAUUGCAAAAUGUAUCCAAUCAGAAUAUACCAGAUGAAAUCAGUUGGGGGGGGGGUUGUAAGAAAAAAAUAAAAUAAAUAUACAAUGUACUUAUAAGAAGACUGCUAUAAUGAGGCUGAGUGAACAUUACAGAUGAUCCAAACCUAUUGGGAAUGGAGCAAACCAUGAGAUGACAGUGGCAGGGCUAGGAAAAGGAGACAAAAAGUCAGUGACAGAUAAAUGCAAGUACCUGGCAAUGUGAGCCAUGGGAAGACACGUGGAUUUAAACAUGGGAUAACAGCAAAAUGACAAUAGUGAUCUUUCAGGGGGAUGUCCGGUUUCUCAUUCAGCUUUUAAAUAUUGUCCAAAUGCCAGAAAUCCCUUCAUGAGAUGCUCUGAUCCUCGCAGAUUGUACUGUGUUUUUUUUUUGUCUGGAUUUAUUUUCCUGUGGAACCACACUGGUAUUCCAUUUUCUUUAUGAAGGCCAAUGUGCAAUACUGUAAUGUAACAUUUGGUUAAUUUGUUUGUAUUGCCUUCCAUGAUUCUGACACAAGAAGGCUGGUAGCCUGACGGCUCACAUGAGGCGCUGUCAAAUGUUCUAGAGGUUAUGCCUCCCGUUUCUGCCGCUAGGGGCUGCCACUGCUUUUGCCAAACUUCAAAUUUCCUGGUCAGAGAGGCGGAUUGAAAUUAUCUUUCUCUGGACUCAGUAUGAAGUGUGUUGCACUUUGUAAGAAAGUCAAGAAGGUGGUGCUUCAGUUGUUUCAGCAACGAUGUAGCAGAACAAUUUUGCAAAUUUAGAUGUGCAAAUAUUAUGACAUUUUUGUUUUGUUUUUUUGUUAAGACUUGGUAGUAAUAAAUAGGAAGUUUGAAUGUCCAAUGAUUUCCCUAAUGCCCUUAUUGAGCAUUUGUUUUGUAUAUUGUUUUGCCCAUUAUUGCUGUAUGGUAUUCACAGUAGAAACUCCAUCAUUGGAGUUGCUCUUAAAGAACUAACUAUUUAUGAAGAU